GGCCUUGGGCGGCGCCGUCCACAGGCCGCCUGGCCUGGCAAAGGUUGGAGCGGAGGCCGUGGAGCCGGCCCUACAGCUCUGCUUCCGGAGGACCCCUCGCUGGAGAGGCAUUUUAAGGGCCACCGAGAUGCAGUUACCUGUGUGGACUUCAGUCUCAACACGAAGCAUCUGGCCAGCGGCUCCAUGGAUUCCUGCCUCAUGGUCUGGCACAUGAAGCCCCAGUCGCGUGCCUACCGCUUCACGGGCCACAAGGACGCCGUCACCUCUGUGAACUUCUCCCCUUCUGGACACCUGCUGGCCUCGGGCUCCCGAGACAAGACUGUGCGCCUCUGGGUACCCAAUGUCAAAGGUGAGUCAACGGUGUUUCGUGCCCACACGGCCACAGUGAGGAGCGUCCAUUUCUGCAGCGAUGGCCAGUCCCUCGUGACAGCCUCCGACGACAAGACAGUCAAGGUGUGGUCGACCCAUCGCCAGAAGUUCCUGUUCUCCCUGAGCCAGCACAUCAACUGGGUCCGCUGUGCCAAGUUCUCCCCCGACGGGCGGCUCAUCGUGUCCGCCAGUGAUGACAAGACUGUCAAGCUGUGGGACAAGACCAGCCGGGAGUGUGUGCACUCGUACUGCGAGCACGGCGGCUUCGUCACCUACGUGGACUUCCACCCCAGCGGCACGUGCAUUGCGGCCGCCGGCAUGGACAACACGGUGAAGCUGUGGGACGUGCGGACCCACCGGCUCCUGCAGCACUAUCAGCUGCACAGUGCUGCGGUGAACGCCCUCUCCUUCCACCCGUCGGGAAACUACCUGAUCACAGCCUCCAGCGACUCGACCCUGAAGAUCCUGGACCUCAUGGAGGGCCGGCUGCUCUACACGCUCCAUGGGCACCAGGGUCCGGCCACCACUGUCGCCUUCUCCAGGACGGGGGAGUACUUCGCUUCUGGCGGCUCCGACGAGCAGGUGAUGGUCUGGAAGAGCAACUUUGAUGUUGCGGAUUAUGGAGACGUCACGAAAGGGCUGAGGCCUCCGGCCGCGCUGGCCAGCUCCUCCAGGAAUCUGCCAGAAGUGGACUUCCACGUCCCGGGCAGAGCCAGGAGCCAGGAGUCGGUGCAGAGCGCGCCGAGGGAGCCCGCCAGCACGCCGCAGGCGCUGACCAGCACGCUGGAGCACAUCGUGGGCCAGCUGGACGUCCUCACGCAGACGGUCUGCAUCCUGGAGCAGCGGCUGACGCUGACGGAGGACAAGCUGAAGCAGUGCCUGGAGAACCAGCAGCUAAUCAUGCAGAGAGUGACACCGUGAUCGGGGGUGGAAUCAGGAGCCGGUUGAUUCGGGGGAUGGUGGGCCGGGGUUUGUACUGUGGGACUCGGGUAAAUAAACGGGGUUCAACUCUGCAGGAAUCAGGUCCGCCCAAGCCCAGGGUCGUGCCUCUGCCCACCCUGCUGCCCGCCCCUGGAGGCCCCGCCUGGCCAUGGACGCCCGUCGACACGGCGCAGUGCCCAGGCAUGAGGGACACGUCCGGUUCCGUGGAGGAGCCACUUGGAAAUGUUUGCUGCUUCGGAGCUGUCCUGAGAGCCCAGCUCCCUGAGGAGUGGCCCCAAGCCCCCCGGCUCCCUCGGCUUACGGGGCCUGUCCUUCUCUCUGCCAUGUGCCCACUGUUCCCGCCAUCAGCCUAGACGUGGAUCCUGGGUGGGUGAGCCUGAGUCUUCUCUGACUCGGACGGACGCCUGUGCGGCCCCAUCUGACGCAGCGGGUCCAGGGACAAGCACGCUGGCCUUGCGGUGGCUUUGAUUUCUCCCUCUGUGUGCACCAGGGCAAAUGAAUCUGAAAAUUAAAGCGGACUUUACUGAG